CUCCUCUCCACAUAUUCACCGCGGGACCGCGCGGCUCGCGGACAGGUGAGCUGCGCUUUGCGUGCGUCAGAGAGGACCCAGGAGCAGAGUGCCGCAGACCACCUGAGUUCGCAGAGUUGAGUGGAGAUCAGUAGGAUGUCGGUGGUCGGCACGACGCCCUUCAUCAAACCCAUGACGUCCCCGUCCUCCGUCUCCCCGGGCCAGAGGAGACACACGCUGCCGGCCAGCGAGUUCAGGCCGCUCAACACGCAGGACGCCAUCAGCGUCUUUGAGAUCGAGAGGGAGGCCUUCAUCUCGGUCUCAGGAGAUUGUCCGCUCCACCUGGACGAGGUGCGUCAUUUCCUGACGCUGUGUCCGGAGCUGUCCAUGGGCUGGAUCGAGGAGGGCCGCCUGGUGGCGUUUAUUAUCGGCUCUCUGUGGGACCAGGACCGCCUAACCACGGACGCCCUGACGCUGCACAAGCCGCACGGCUCCACGGUGCACGUCCACGUGUUGGCCGUGCACCGCACCUUCCGGCAGCAGGGCAAGGGCCCCAUCCUGAUGUGGCGUUACCUGCAGUACCUGCGCUGCCUGCCCAGCGUGCGGCGCGCCGUGCUGAUGUGCGAGGACUUCCUGGUGCCCUUCUACCGCAAGUCGGGCUUCAAGGUGCUGGGCCGCUGUGCCAUCACGGUGGCCAACCUGUCCUUCACCGAGAUGUGGUACCCCAUCAGCGGCCACGCCUACAUGAGGCGCAACAGCGAGGCCAUCCGCUUCCCUCAGCUCACCUCGCCGCUGGAGCGGCCCGGGACGGCCGGCGAGCGGACCGACACGUGA